UUUUCUUCGACCCGUUCCCAGUUGUUGGCCAGCAGCACCAGCAGCAGCGCGAUCAGCUUGAAUUUUUACCAUUUGCUAGUCGCUGCCAUGGUGGUGUGCGACGAAAAGGAACCCUUACUGCUCGAGGGUGCCGGACAGAAGGUUUACAGUGCCCUCGUCAGCGACUCCCACAAAGAGUUGGAAAAAGGAGCCGAAAUGUCUAGCUUGCGAGGCUACGGCAAAUGGGCCCCCGAUGUUGAGGGUGUCACCUUAACUUGGCACGACCUGAGUGUCUACGUGCCCGCGGAAAAAGAAGGAGGACUGUUCAGGAAGCAGAGCAAGCCGCACAAGAGACUCCUAAAUUCAGUUUCAGGAGCCGUCAAACCGGGCACGUUGGUCGCACUCAUGGGCUCGAGUGGAGCGGGGAAAAGCACGCUUAUGAAUGCUCUCGCCCACAGAAACCCAGUCGGUGUGGUAGUAGAUGGCGACAUCCGAGUCAACGGUAGGCCAAUCGGACCCUACAUGAACAACUUGUGCGGCUAUGUGCCUCAGGAGGACCUAUUCGUCAGGGACCUCACUGUGAAGGAGCAUUUGACAUUCAUGGCGUGGAUGCGUCUGGACCGUCGAACGAGUCGGUUUGAGCGCCGGCGCCACGUGCUGGACCUUUUAAGCAUUUUGGGCCUGUCGGAACGCGCCGACACGCGGAUCGGCGCCACCGGACACGAGAAGGUGUUGUCAGGCGGCGAGAAGAAGCGGCUCGCGUUCGCCUCGGAGCUACUGACAGACCCGCCGCUGCUUUUCUGCGACGAGCCGACCACCGGGCUCGACUCGUUUUCGGCCCAGAAGAUCGUGCAGAUGAUGGGCUCGAUGGCCGCGCAGGGCAAAACCAUCGUGUGUACCAUCCACCAACCGAGCUCAGAGAUGUUCAGCCUAUUUCACGAGCUGAUCCUGCUCGUUGACGGCCGCAUCGCCUUCAUGGGAACGCCCAACAACGCAGUCACCUUCUUCGAGAGUCUAAACUACCGCUGCCCGGAAAACUACAAUCCAGCUGACUUUUUCAUUCACACAUUGUCAGUGACGCCGGGCGACGAAGAAAGGUCGAGGGUGGCCGUCAAGGCCAUCUGCGAUCAGUACACGGUGAGCGAGCACGCGCGUGCCGUCGACCUGCUUGUGCACUACGAACGCCACCUGGCCGAAUCAUGCGAGAUUCCGUCGGAUCAUCUCAGAGCCCCUAGGACAAAAUUCAAAGGUCCGUUUCUGAGUACACAAUUUUUCUGGCUCGCAUACCGCUCCUUUUUGUGUGUUUUGAGAGACCCCGCCGUUCAGAAGCUAAGAAUAGUUCAAAAAUUGGGCAUCGCGAUCAUGGCUGGCCUGUGCUACGUGGGCACCCAGCUGGACCAAAGAGGCAUUCAGGCGAUCCAGGGAGCCCUUUUCAUCUUUGUUACCGAGAACACCUUCUCACCAAUGUAUUCAGUGCUCGCCCUCUUCCCACAAGAGUUUCCCCUUUUCAUGCGGGAAUAUAAGUCAGGGUUGUAUGGAGUCGGCGUCUACUACUUGUCUAAACUAAUAGCAAUGCUUCCAGGGCUGGUGCUCGAGCCUGUUGUGUUUGUUGUGGCGUCAUAUUGGCUGAUCGGCUUGCGCACUACCCUGUACGCGAUUUUAAUGACUGUCUUCAUCACCGUCAUGACAAUGAACGUUUCAACUGCGUGUGGUUGCUUCUUUUCCACCGCGUUCGAGUCACCCACAUUUGCGAUGGCUUACUUGGUGCCAUUUGACUUCCUGCUGAUGGCCACCUCAGGGCUUUUUAUUAAACUAAGUACAAUUCCCGUUUACAUUGGAUGGGUUCGUUACGUGUCGUGGAUGAUGUAUUCAAACGAGGCUAUGUCCAUAGUCCAGUGGCAAGACGUGCACAAUAUAACAUGCAAUUCCAUCUCGAAGGACGCACCCUGUUUGCGUGAGGGAAGCCAAGUUCUGAGAAAUUACAGUUUCGCUGAGGAAAACCUGCCCUUCGACAUUUUGGCCAUGAUAACCCUCUACACGUGUUUCCACGUUCUCGGAUACUUCUGUCUCAUCAAACGAGCGAAGUUGAAUUGAAGUUAUGAUUAUUGUGUUUAUAGAAAAAAAUCUAAAAUGUAAAUAUUUUGAAAAAUUAAAUAUAUGAUUAUUAUUAUUGCCAUAUCAAAUUUUAAAACUUUGAGAUAUCAUUAACUCCACUAUACCCUAAUCAUUUGCAAGGACUGAACAGAAAACAAUUCAUUUCAAACCAGCUUGUAGAGAAAUCAGGCUUUUGCCCACAGCCAGGUGCCAGGUGUGAAGUAAAAGAAAGUGACAUUGCGUUAAAAUGAAACCCAGUCAAAAGUUAAGCUCCUAAAGGUUUAAUUGUUAAAUAAAGUUGACAUUUCAUAUUAUCAUUUCUGGUUAUCAGGUCUUACUGAACUAAGCUCCUGCUAAACAUGUUGAUAAACAGAGAUCUUGAAGUAAUUGCUGUUCUAUUGUAUUUGUGUGUGUGUAUGCUGAAAUAACAAAGUUUCUUUUUUAUGUAAAUGAGAGUAAACUACUUCUGUUUGCAAAUAAAUAGUGUUUUACAUAAA